UGCAAGGAACCAGGGUCAGCCUUGGGCAGAGAGAGGCUGACAGGAAAUGGCCACUGAUGGGCUCUUCUUCCAUGUGUUUGCCAACAUGUGCUCCCAGAAUUAGGUGCCUAUGGUAAGCAUAUUGGUGUUUGGGGUCCUCAUGGCUUUCACAGUGCUGCUGCUAGACCUUGAAACACUGGUCCAGUUCCUGUUCACUGGCACACUGCUGGCCUAUAGUUUUGUGGCCACCACUGUGAUCGUGCUAUGCUUCCAGAAGUUCCCUCCUUUUAGUUCCCCAGGCUCAGACAGCUCUGGCCUCGUGGCCAAGGAAUAUGAAUCCUUCCAAAACUGCCACUGGCUGGUGGGCACUGAGCAGGCCUCAGCUCCUGUUAGGCAGCUAUGGCCAACACUAAUGCCCUACCUGAGCUUCUCAGGUGGGUGCAGCCUUGUAGCCCCUAUGGCUUGGGCACUAGGUGUCAUGGUGGCCUCGGCCAUCAACCUGGGCUAUGUGCUGGUCUUUGGGGACUCAGCUGUGCACCUCCCACGUGGGGGCUACAUCCUGUUGCUCCUACUCAGCACUACAUUGCUUGUGCUUGGUCUCCUCACCCUGGGCCACCAGCAACUGUACCAUCAGGACACCUUUCAGACCUUCCUGGUGCCCUUGACUGCAGCCCUGAGCAUCCUCCUCAACACCUGCCUCGUGCUAGAGCUGAGCUACCCAACCUGGCUGCCCUUGUCCAUCUGGCUGCUGAUGGGUGAGUAUGGGCCAGGCUGGGGCCCUGGGUGGGCUGCAGGAGAGCAGGGAGGGCAAGGAGGGUAAAGGGCUGGGACCUGCCCCUCAGGCUUGUGCAAUCCGCAGGACCCCUGGUGUUUUCAGCUCUGGUAUCUGGCACAGCAUGAAGAACCAGCAAUGGCUAUAGCAGCCAGCUGCCCCACACUGCACAGUGUCCCCCCACGGCACCCUGGAGGAGACAGUGAAGGUCAUGCAGUCCAAGGCACUGGCCCUGGAGCCCUGCUUCAUGGAGCAGCCCACCAGUCCAUGAGGACAGCUGGAGUUCUGCCCACCCUCUCCCACCUCCUCAGGAGGCCCCUCUGUCUGGGGCAGCUUAUGUUUGCAGGCCUGCUCCCUUGGAGCAGUCCUCAGGACCUUAGAGCUCAGCCCAGGUUUCACACUUUCAGCCUUUGGAAGUGGGCCAUGGCCAUGGCUGCUGUGAUGGACAUUUUGCUUAGCGUUUUCCAUUUUAUGACCAACUCCAGCCACCUGGGCAGCAGGGGUGGGGUGUGUGGGUAA